AUGGCACCUUCUUUAUCCAUCAUUAUUCGCAUUCUGUUUCUUUGUCUUUCUAUUUAUUUUAUCUAUCGUAUCUAUAUAUUUAUCUAUCUAUCUAUCUUUUAUUUUUCUCUUUUUUUGCUUAUCUAUCUAUUUUUUUUCUUUCAGACUUUCUUUCUUUCUAUCUUUCCCUCUUUCUCUUUCUUUCUAUCUUUCUUUAUUUAUUUAUUUCUUGCGUAUUUUCUAUCUUUCUCUUUUCUUCUUUUUUUUAUCUAUCUCUCUAAAUCUAUCUAUCUAUCUAUCUUUCUUUCUUUCUUUCUUUCUUUCAUUCUUUCUAUUUCUAUCUAUUCUAUCUCUCUUUCUUUCUUUCUUUCUAUCUUUCUGUUUCUAUCUCAGUCUUUCCUAUCUAUCUAUUUUAUAUCUCUAGUUCAGACUAUCUUUCUAUCUAUCUUUCUAUCUAUCUAUCUAUCUUUAUCUAUCUCAGUCUGUUCUUUAUCUCAUUCUUCUAUCGAUCUGUUUUUUUUUUUUUCUAUUUAUCUUUCUCUCUCUUUCUAUUUAUCUUUCUUUCUAUCUAUCUAUCUUUCGUAUCUAUCUAUCUCAGUCUUUAGUCCUUUCUUUCUAUCUAUCUAUCUAUUUAUCUAUCUUUCGUUCUAUCUCUUCUCUCUUUCUUUUUUCAGUUUAUUUCGUUCGUUAAUAUUUUUUCUUUCUUUUCUUUCUUUCUUUCUUAAGAGUUCUUUCUUUCUCUUUCUAAUGUUAAUUCUCUUUCGUAACCAAACUCUCUCCUUCUCUCUUUUCUUGGACCUUUAUUUCUUCUUCCGAUUUUAUUUUUUUUAUUUCUUGCACCUUCCUCUGUCAUUCAAAAUUCGAACUCAUUCUUACCUUUCAUCUAUGGAUUGUAUUCAUUUUUUUUCCCUCUUUUUAUUUCCUUUUUCUCCACUUGUUUCUUUUGGUUCAAACCUGCCUAAUGUAUUAAUUGCAAUUCCUUGUUCUUCUUUUUUAUUUCCUUGGAUUUGA